AUGGGCCGCAAGAGGCAUACUGUUGGCAGCGUGUUCCGAAAUAGGUCAGAUAAAUCGUCUCGGUCCUCAGGCACUUCUUCUUCCUCUUCUUCGUCUUCAUCAAAAUCUAGUAUAAAGCCCAUACCAUGGAUUGAACAAAAUAUUGUAUGCUUGGAAUGUGCUAAAUUUGUUUUUGCUCGUCAUUCAAAAUCCAAUCCAUGUUGCAGUUGCGGUCUUACAUUCAGUGAACAUCCAUCCAAUGUACAAAUAGAGGCUUUAACACAACAGAAUUUAAAUUUACAACCUGACAUUUCCAUCAACGGUGAUUAUCAUUUAAAACCAACUAAUAAUGAACGCUGGCACGUUAAAACCCACACUCAAGAAAUGCCAACAAAUGCUUAUGGUACGGUGGAAUUUCAAGGCGGUCCACAUCCAACGAAAGCUCGGUAUGUGAGAUUACAUUAUGAAACUUGUCCUGAGCUAGUACUGCAUUUAUUACUUCAUGAAUGGAAAAUACGUGUGCCGAAUUUAGUCAUUUCAAUUGUCGGUGGAUUAGCCAAUGCUCCAUUACAAGCAAAAUUACAACAAGUUGUAAAACAUGGUAUAUUGAGAGCAGCUAAAACAACUGGUGCUUGGAUUGUUACAAAUGGAUUAGAUAUUGGUGUAACUCGACAUAUUGGUGAAGCAUUAAAAGAUGAAGUGCACAUUCGUGGUUCUAAUAUUGUUGCACUUGGUAUAGCACCAUGGGGUUAUGUACAACAUCGUGAAACACUGAUUGGUUUAGAUAAUACUUGUUCCUAUUAUUCACAAGGAUGGAGACCUGGCCGUCAAGAAGCCCCACUUAAUCCUGAUCAUAACUACUUUUUAUUAGCAGAUAAUGGAACAUCUGGAAAAUUUGGUGGGGAGUUGGGUCUUCGUCGACGUCUAGAACAGUAUCUCGCUCAACAACCAAUUGAUAUGCGACGUUAUGGUGGAUCCAAGUCUCGUGUUCCAAUUGUUGGUGUACUAUUGGAAGGUGGAACACAAACAUUUCGUACUGUAUUUGAGUUAGUAACAGGUCGAAAUCCAGUGCCAAUUGUUGUUUGUGAUGGUAGCGGUCGUGCGGCAGAUCUUUUAGCAUUUAUGCAUCGUUAUGCAAACGAAGAUGGAGAUCUUAGUACACAAUUACGUGAUCAAAUGGUAGCAAAUAUAUCUAGAGCUUUUCAAAUUAGACGUUUCGAAGCUGAAGGAUUGUAUAGUGAACUGAAAUUAUGCAUGAAACGUAGACAUUUAAUUAGUGUUUUUCGUAUGGGUGAAGGAGACAGUGAUGAAAUUGAUAUAACCAUAUUAACUGCUCUUUUACAAGUUUCAGGUCAAAAUCUAACACCAGCUGAACAAUUAUCACUAACUAUGGCAUGGAAUAGGCCAGAUAUAGCACGUUCUAAAGUAUUUGCAAAAUUCAACAAUUGGUCUAAAACGACACUUGAAAAUGCUAUGGCUGAUGCUUUAUUAAAUGAUCGGUUGGAAUUCGUGCAGUUAUUACUUACUAAAGGAUUAAGAAUUCAACGAUUUUUAACUCGUGAACGUUUGGAAGAAUUAUAUAAUGUUGAUGUGAAUAACCAAUCUUUUCAUAAAUUAUUUGCAAAAGUUCUAGGAACAAAACAGAAAAUUACAUUGCGAUCAGUUGGACAAUUAAUAGAGAAUUUGGUCGGUGGUGGUUAUCAGCAUUCUUAUUGUAGUAAACCAUCUACAGCAGAUUUAAUGGGAUCACCUAAUCAUGGUAACGGUUGGCUACCUAAUGUUAAUGUCACAUUUGCAAACAAGCACGGUUCAACAGUUUCGGAACCAGUGGAUAAUAAAACUUCCCGUUCAAGUAAUAUUCUAAACAAUACAUCAGAUAAAUCGAUUCCACCUUGUACAUUAAAUCCUGGAUCAAUAUCUAAUCUAAUCACUUCAAAAGAAUUAGUUACACAACACAUAACAAAUAUUAUCAAUCGACAACAUACUUCACAACAACAUGUACCAUAUUCAACUUCAUCAAAUGAUAUUAAUCAAUCAAACCGAUACUUUCGUUAUCCCUAUACUGAAUUAUUACAAUGGACAUUGUUAACUCGACGUUUAGAUAUGGCUAAAUUCUUAGUUUUAGCUGGAGAAGAAUCCGUUGCUAAAGCCUUGUUUUCAGUGAAACUAUUACGCAGUAUUCGACAUGUUACUUUAGAUGAAGAAACCGAUAUUGAAUUGCUUAAUGAAUGCCGUUCACAUGAACUUGCUUUGGAACGACUAGCUGUUGAUUUACAAGAUCAUUGUUAUCGACACGAUCAAGAUCAAGCUAAACGUUUGCUCACAUAUGAAUUGCAAGCAUUUUCAAAAAACACAUGUUUAAGUUUAGCUUAUAUGUGUGAAUCCAAAGUGUUCAUUGGUCAUCCUUGUACACAGGCAAUAUUAAAUGAUCUGUGGUAUGGUGGUCUACGUAAAGGUGAUCUUGUCGGUGCUAAAGUAGCACUCAUAUUAAUUGGAUUAAUAGUACCACCAUUAUAUCCGUUAAUCGCAUUUUUUUUUACGAAAAAGAGUAAAUUUCUUGAAUUUAAAACUAAAGAAGAACUAGCUCAACAACCACAAACAUUACAAGAACAUUUGGACGAAUUAGAGGAUUCUUCAGAGUCAAGUUCCUCAUCAUCGUCGUCAUCAUCCUCAUCGAGUUCCUCAUCGCCUUCCGCUAGCAGACGAUCUUCUGUUUAUCAUCCCAAUUUACCUAACGAAAAACAAUUAACUAAUGAAAACUUUUUAUCAAAUCAUAAUGUAAGAAAAGAUAGUUUACUUGAUCAAGUACCAACAAUCAGAAUAAAUUCACCUGCAUCAUCGGAUAAGUCAGAUGAACUGGUUCUUCCUUCACAUAAUUCAAAUAAUGAUAUUGUAACAUCUAAAUUAUCAACUGAAAUUAAUCAACGAAAUGAUCAUUUCGAACCGAUAAAUAAUGUUCAUGAUUGGUCUCCAACUCUUAAAUAUCAUUCAGAAAAUACUGAUAAGCUUGACAAAACUGGUGUAUUAUCGAAUUUUCCAUCCUCAUCCAGUCAGCCAUAUUAUAAUGAAUCAAUUAAUAAUCCUCAUACAGCAAAAGAACUAACCACACUGUCAACUCACCACGAUCACACAGAUGGUGGUUUACCAUUUAAAUCUAGGAAAAAGCGUAUGGUUUCUGACACCAUAAAUGGCAAUUUGCAAGUUGUUCCUACAGUAAAAACUCUUCCAACAGAAAUGAAUUCAGCGCACAGAUAUCGUUGUGAACCGAAUUAUAAAUCCGUUUAUCCUUUGACAACUAUUAAAAAUCAUAAAUUAUCACAAUCUUCUAAUAAUUUAUCACAAACUAUUCCACAAUCAUUUAUUCAUACACCAAAACAUAGUUAUUCAGAUCGUAAUUUUAAUGGUUUACAUCAUGAAUCUAGAAAUCAUAUACGCAAACAACGUUAUACAUUUCAUCCAUAUUCAACAGCUUUAAAUACAUCACAAAAUGCAGCUUUAGCCAGACAUGCAUUUCUGUUAAGAUCUAAUUUAGCUGCACUUAUUCCAUCAAAUCAUUAUGCAUCAGUAGCUGCGUCCAAUGAUUUUCAGCAACGUCGUCGAUAUGAACGAAGAAGAAAUAGAGCUUACAGUAAUCCCGAUGAAAAUGAUACAAAUAAAAUUACACAAAAAAUAAUCAAUAGUAAAAAAUUAUCAGCAACCAAUUGUGAUGUUGUUUAUGUAUCAUCAAUCCCAACCGUAACAACAAUAAAUCCAUCAAUAUUUACUCAUAAUUAUCACAAUAAACAGAAUAAAUUAAAUUCUACAUUAAAAGAUCAUUCAUUUUCUUCAUUAAGUUAUCAUCAUCGUAAUGGACAAUGGAUACCGUGUGAUUUAUCAGUUGGAUAUGAUUUUCAAUCAACAAAUAAUCAUGGUUUACAAUUAUCAUGGCGUAAAAAAGUUUAUGAAUUUUUUAGUGCUCCUGUAACACGAUUUUAUUUACAUGUACUUUUAUACCUUGUAUUCCUUGUGUUAUUUAUUGGUCUAUGCAUCCAUACUCUACCACCGGAUACAUUUUCGUUCUUGGAACUUUAUGUUUAUUUACAUAUUUUAACGUAUUGGUUAGAUAAAUUUCGUGAGGUUACACUUAAUCCAGGUGCAACGUACAUUCAAAAAUUUGCAGUUCAUCUAAGUGCAUUUUGGAACAGUUAUGAUAUGAUCAUGUGUUUGUUAUCGAUUACUGGUAUUAUUUUACGUUAUUAUGGUAUAGUUAAUCAAAAUUAUUAUAUGUGGGGUAAAAAUCUCCUAAUUAUAUGUUGUUCAUUAUGGCAAAUGCGUUUUCUUGAAUUAAUGCAAAUUUGGCGAUUUUCCGGUCCAUACAUUUAUAUGCUGGUGAAAAUGGUUCGUCUAAUGAUUCCUAUGCUUUCACUACUCUUUCUUCCACUGUUGGCAUUUGGUACGAUACGUCAAGGAAUUAUGUAUCCUAAACAUACCAAUGUAAAUCUUGAAGCUGUUAAAGGCAUUAUGCUUAAACCAUAUUUCAUGUUAUAUGGUGAAGUGUAUGCUGGUGAAAUAGAUCCUAUUGAUUGGCCCAGUGAAUCACAGUCUGCACCAUUUUUAGAAAUUGUCCCAAUUGCGACAGUGAUAUAUCUGUUAUACUCCAUUAUUCUAUUUGUCAACGUUGUUAUUGCUGUAUUCAAUGAUAUAUUUGCUAGAGUACGUCAACAAUCUGAAUUAGUUUAUAACUAUCUACGAUAUGCAGUGAUUAUUGAAUAUGAAUCUAGACCAUUGUUACCACCACCGUUUAUUAUUAUCUCUUGGAUUUAUAUGUCUAUACGUAAUAUAUACCGAAUUCGUAAAAAACGUCGAGCAUCUAAUCAGUCUAAUACACUAAAUCCUACUGAUCUAUCUGAUGUACAAAAGCAAACAAAUCAAAAUGCUAAUAACAAUAAUAAUAAUAAUAAUCCAAAUUCUCCAUCGAAAUAUGAUCCACGAAAUCGUCGAGAUAAUAAUGAACCUCAAGAUAUAUUGAUAGAUCCAGCGACUACUGAACUAUCGGCUGGUUUAAAACUGUUUCUAAAUCCUGAUGAAGUUGAAAAAUUGCAUGAUUUUGAAGAGGAAUGUGUGGAGGACUAUACACGUGUUACAAGAAAAGCUGAAUUGCACAAAGCUGAAGGUCAAGUCGAAAUAUUAAAUAAAAAAAUUGAUCACUUACAAUUUCGAAUGGAUGAAAUUCAUGUAAGACAACGUCAUUUACGCGGUUUAGUUCAUUUAGUUGAAGAACAUUUAGUCUGUAUGGAGGAUAAUCUACAUACAACAGGAGUGAUAAGUCCAUCACCAGGAGUUAUUCAUCAUCAAUAUAAUACUAAUGACAUGGAACAUCUGACAAUGACAACUUCAACGACAACAACAGUAAACAGUCAUGAAAUACCUUCCAAUUCCAUUGUAAAUAAUUCAAGUGAAAAAGAUAUGAUAUUUACUUCUAGUUUAUUAUGGUUACUUAAACGACAAAUAGCUCAAGAUUCAGGAACUACUUCAAAUGAGAAUAUUGAUUAUCCACAACAGUUAGCUCGUUCGCUUGUAUCACAACUUGGACGGCGUUCACGCGUACCUACUGGAUCAUUUAGUUCACGUCAGCACCAAAACCACUUAGAUUCAGCGUUUGAAAGGUCACCAACUUGUUCAGUCCGUAUGAAACAUCGUAAUGGUCGUACAGAUCAUAGACAUUCGUUGCCUACAUUUGACUACCAUUCUUUUCCUCAUUCAGAAGGACAUUGUCAUGGAUCAUAUUAUGAUCGAAUGCAUGAACGUGGUCGUAAUCGUCUUCCUACUAAUCGUAUCCAGCACGGAUCUUAUCGAGCACCAGAUCUAACUUAUCGUGAAUAUACAACCAUCUGUGAUGAUAUAGAUCUUUCUUGUUUAAGUUAUCCUAACAGUCCAAUUAUGAGUCCUAAUGGUUCUCGAAUGGAUCUUACAAGUGUUGGUCCUAUACGAAAUACAAGUUUACCAACAGAUACUACAUUAAUUAAAACUAAAGAAUAUUUACCGAUACCAAAAUAUCAAAAUAUUCCAUUCGUGCCAAUUGAAAAUAUAACGAACAGUACAGUUAAUCAAAUUAUUUCUUCCUGUAUGACUACUGAUUCUAAUACUGUUAUUAAUACCACCGCUAAAGCAUCUAUAGAACCUAAAUCUGCUCCAGCUACCCCGAAAGAAGAACGUGCAUUAUUAUUUCAGUCACCGAUAAUGGAAAAUGGUACACAACGAAGUCAAUCGCUUGCAACUUUACAUACCAACACAAAGUCUAUUGAUCACCAUUCACUUAUACCUACCAAACAUUAUACAAGUUAUGAUACAAAUUUACACUUUAUCAACCCCGAACUCUAUCCAUAUACUCAUAUUUUAACUAAUACUAAUACUAAUCAUAAUUUGAAACAACAAAAUUUGAUUAUUGAUUUAAAGAAUUAUACACAAGAUGUGAGUAUUGCUAAUGAAAACUAUAUCAUGGAUGAUCAUCAGGAUAACAAUGAAUAUGUUCAUGGUGAUGAUAAUGUUAAUAAUGUUGAUGAUGAACACAAUAGACGAAAUGUUGAUGAUCAAGAUAAUGAUCCUGAUGAAGGUGAAAAUAUGGAAGAGAUGGAAGAUGAAAUUGAUGACGAUGAUAGUGAUGAUGAUGGCGGUGAUGACGAUGACAAUGAUCUAGAAAAUAAGGAGAGAAAAAUUCAAUUAGGUCUUCAAGAAGCUGAAAAUGCAGAACGUAUUGAACUUCAAGGUGCUAUGCUUAGACGAUUACGCAAAUUAUCUACUUCAGUACCAAGUAAACCAUGUCAUUUAUCUGGAGUUAAUAACUCUACUGCUAGCCAUCUUGAUAAACAUAAUAAUGUUAAAAUUAUUACACAUGGAUUCAACCAAAUUAACUCUCAAAAAACUUCUUGCUGGAAUACAGAAAAUUUACCGGAUUCCACUGAAAAAUCACCAAUUAUUGGACAUACACAUGAAGUUGGAUUGAUUAGUUCGGAAGAUAUGGGUGAUUUUUUAUCACAUGUUGCUAAUGAAGAGGAAGCGGUUGAUCCAGACUUAGAUCUAGAUUUUGACUCAAUUCCUCAUGAGUCAUCAUCAUUAUCAUCAUCUGGUAUGCGAUCAUAUGUUGAAUCCCCUGUAGAACAAGCGGAUACAUCAUUAAAUUUAAAUGACGACAUUGAAUUGAUCAGUCGAAAUUUACGAUCAUCAUCUGGUAAAAUGAAUACCGUUAUUGACGAUAAUGACGAUGAUGAUUCAUCUUUAUCACCUUCAUUGAAUUCACUGACUACUGAUAAUACAAUUAAUAACAAUAAUAAUAUUCAGUUAUCAUAUCCAAGUCCUAUACUUGAGGAAAAGGAAGAAGAAGAAGCGGAAGUAGAAGAAGUAUAUACCGACAAUAAUGAUCUUGAUGAUAACCAUCAUUGUGAAGUUGAAGUACCAAGAAUGACAAAAUCUCUCUAA